AUGAAGACAGAAGAAUUGUCGCAACUUGCGACGAGUCUCGCAGCGACAGACUUCAAGGCUAUUGAGCCCCAUCUGAUUUCUCUAGAUAAGCAUCUCCUAGUCCGAACCUAUCUUGAGGGCUACUCCAUCAGCGAGAUUGAUACGAAAAUAUGGAUCACGAUCCGCACCAACAAAGUCGCCAACGCAUUCCUGAAAAGGGGAGCGCUUCCAAAUGUUGCAAGAUGGUUUAACUACGUUGAGCAGACACACCCUGAAAUCCAGGAGGAAAUCAAGGCCCAAGGCGAGGCGGAGAAGGCGAGGAAGGCGGCAUUGAGCAAAGCAGGUGCAAGCUACAAUAUCGCGUUGCAGGAGACUGAGAAGGGUGUCGUGACAAGAUUUCCCCCGGAACCAUCUGGAUAUUUACAUAUUGGUCACGCAAAAGCUGCGCUGCUCAAUGACUACUUCGCACACGAGCUCUACAAGGGCACAUUACUUCUACGGUUCGAUGAUACAAAUCCUUCAAAAGAGAAACAGGAGUUCCAAGACGCCAUUGUUGAGGACCUCGCACUCAUGGGUAUCAAGCCAGACAAGACGAGUUACACAAGUGAUCAUCUCGAGACCCUAUAUCAAUAUUGUAUCCGAAUGAUCAAGGAGGGCCACGCCUAUGCAGACGAUACAGAUCAGGAGACUAUGCGAGACCAGAGAAUGAAUGGUAUCGCCAGCAAAAAUCGCGAUAACAGUGUUGAGCAAAAUCUUGCAAUCCUGGAAGAGAUGAAGAUCGGGACCGAGAAGGGAUUGAAGAAUUGUAUUCGUGCAAAGUUAUCCGUGGACAACCCUAAUAAAGCUAUGCGCGAUCCGGUCAUAUAUAGAUGCAACCUCCUUCCCCACCACCGCACAGGGACUACUUGGAAGAUGUACCCUACAUACGACUUUGCCUGCCCCAUUGUCGAUUCUCUCGAAGGUGUGACCCAUGCUCUAAGGACGACAGAAUACACGGACCGCAAUCCGCAGUACCAGUGGUUCCUUGACACUUUAAAGCUCCGCCAUGUUCACAUGUGGGAUUUCGCGAGAAUGAACUUCAUCCGAACGGAACUCUCAAAACGAAAGUUGACCAAGUUGGUGGACGCCGGUACUGUAUGGGGCUGGGAUGAUCCUCGAAUGCCCACUAUCCGUGGUGUUCGAAGACGUGGCAUGACAAUUCCCGCACUCCGAGAUUUUAUCCUGAAGCAAGGGCCAAGCCGGAACAUUGUAGUGAUGGACUGGACGAACUUUUGGGCUUCGAAUAGGAAGGAAAUCGACCCUGUAGCUCCAAGGCACACCUCAAUUGACGUGAAGGAUGCUGUCAAGGCAACCGUCACCAAUGGCCCAGCGGAAGCCUACAUUGAGGACAAACCUAAGCAUGGCAAGGUUCCAACGCUCGGAAACAAAAAAGUUGCAUACAGCAAAAGCUUGAUUUUUGACCAAGAAGAUGUCAAGCUCUUCAAGGAAGGCGAGGAGGUCACGCUAAUGAACUACGGGAAUGCUUUCGUGCGCAAGAUCAACGGCUCCAACCCAAUUACCGAUAUCGAACUCGAAUUGCACCUCGAGGGCGAUUUCAAGAAGACAGAGAAGAAACUAACAUGGCUGUCAACCGAAGGCCAAGAGCUUAUCAAGGCGGAAGUGUGGGACUUUGACUACCUGAUGACGAAAGACAAGCUUGAGGAAACUGACAACUGGGAGGAUUUUGUGAACCCUGACUCUGCGUGGAAGGUGGAUGCACUCUGUGAUGAGAACGUGAAGGACUUAAAGCAGGAUGAUAUCAUUCAGCUGGAUCGAAAGGGCUAUUACCGUGUCGAUAGAGCAGCUACGGCUGAGAAGCCUCUAGUGCUAUUUGGUAUCCCGACGGGAAAGACAAAGUGA